AGAGAGAGAGAGAGAGAGAGAGAGAGAGAGAGAGAGAGACGAAUUAUAUACAGUCAGAGACAACCCUCGUCAACCCUUAUCGAUAUCUUCCAAAGCAAGCAACUGCUAACAUGAAUUGCUUUGAAGUGAAAGUUUAGGGUUCCAAUUGUACAUUGUUAGGGAUUGGUUAUUGACGAAGAGUAUGGCAUCUUCUCAUGGUCAUACGCAGUCAGAACCCGCGAAAAUGGAACAGAUAAUCAUUGAAUUGUUCGCAAAAAGUAGGCAAAUUAUCCUUGAAUCGAGGUGUCCCCACGUAUCAUCUCGUAAUUAUAGUGGAGAACAAGUGAUAUUGUCCCCCUCUUCGUCCUCAUCAUCGUCUUCUAGUGUUACAACAAGGGAUAAAUGGUUCAAUUUAGCACUGAGGGAUUGUCCAGCAGCUCUAGAGAACAUUGAUUUUUGGCGUGAAAGUUAUCUUGAACCAAUGGUGAUUGACAUUAUUUUACUGCAAGGAAGAAGUGGUCUGGACCCAAUGAGUAGUUCCCCUAGAAGGGGCAUUGUAAGAAAUUUGUCAGCAAAAGAGCAGUUUUCGAAUAUUUGGAAUUCAGAAGUUAAUGAAUUCGGACAUGAGGUGAAGACUGAAAAAAUUAUAGAGAGAUGGGUAGUGCAGUAUGAAAAUGGAAAGAGUGGUAGAGAUUGUACUUCUGGAAGCAAGAGGUCAACUGGUAAUAGUUUGCCUACGUCUUAUAAGAAAUCAAUACUGCUUUUAAGGCUAUUGUAUUAUAUGAUUAGACUUUUGCCUGCUUAUAAACUCUUUCGCAACCUUAUUUCAACUGGUCAAAUUCUCAAAUUUAACCUAACUCAUCGGGUGUCCUCUUUUGUUGAGCCAUUCACCCGUCAAGAAGAGUCAGAGAUGCAGAAGUUCGAGUUUGUGCCUGUGGAAACUUUUUGUGGUAGGCUUUGUCUCUCCGUGUCCUAUUAUUCUUCCCUCUCUGAUGUGAAUUCUGAACCGUCAACACCUACAACCCCACAGUUUAUACAGGAUUAUGUUGGGAGUCCAUUGGCAUGCCCGUUAAAAAGGUUCCCAUCCAUUCCUCGAUGUUCUCAGUCUUCCUCUCCCUUUGGAAGGCAUCAUAGCUGGAGUGAUGAUAUUCACAGAGUGGCACCUCCUUCACCCACAAACUCCGAUUCCCAUGCUUCAGUUUCUAAACCAAGUUCCCAUUGUAUCCCUCCUACAAACUUGCUGCUUCAUUUUCCGGAUACCCCUCAGCUUCAUGAAAACAGUAGCAAUACCGAUGUGUAUUGGCCUUCUGUUUUUACACCCUCUCCAUCCCAGUCGCCACCUGCCUAUAUUCCCAGUAGCCAUGUAUCUAAGGUUCUGUUGCAGUCUGAAAGUGCUCCAGUUAGCAUACCUGAAUCUAAGCUUGGUAGUGCUCCUUUGUCAAACAUUUAUCAAAAUUUGCCUCCUUCGCCUCCUCUGAAGGUUACAAGGCCUGGUGCUUCCAAGACAGAGAAAAGUUCUGAUCUGGCUCAGAACAGGUCAACAGUUGAGAAGCUGCUUUCCUUCAGGAAAAAUGAAAGUGGAAGCUGUUUUGGGCUGAAGUUAUCAUCCAACAGCCCAUUGCGGAAAUCAAUUUCCAGAACCUCGAGUAGGUUGUCUUUCCAGGAGGAUUUUGCUGAUUCUGAGUUUUCUGGCCCCUUCGCUGUGGAUGAUGUUGACAUGGUUGAUAGAGGUAGCAGACCUGCAUCUUUUGAUCAGAAAGGACAUCCAUGCGAGCCACUUGAGCCUGGAGGAUUGUUUCAGGUCAGAAAAACCCAAGAUGCUGCUGUUGCUGCUCUUUUUCACAUGUUGAAGAGGGCCCCACCUCUCCGCCUUGACUUCUCCAGUUCUAUUAACUCGCCGGAAUCCUCUAGGCCUCUAACCUCAACUGAGCAAAAUAUAAAAUCUGACCCGCCAAGGGUUCAAUGUGUUGCUGCUGCUGUAAGUGUAGCAUCUUCUGGGCAUAUUUUGCCCAAGACAACAGCCAAUGCAUUAGAUGAGCUCAGGGGAUAUAUGGAUACGAAAGACUCGUUGGCUACGCAAGGCAUGCGAUCCAUUAUACUGACAAAAUAACGAUGCUGUAAGGCCGUGUUUGGAUUGUGGAUUUGUGGAGGGAUUCAACGAGGGAAACUGAAAUGAUUUGAAAACCAGGGAAUAUAAUUUAGCUACUUUGCUUUAUUUCUUGUAAUCGGCUACCUUAUUGUUUGCUUGCCCUUUAUAAAUCUAUGAUCCACGCACAGCUUACGAGUCUUUCA